AUGCUGGACGAUGUGCGUAAUGUUGAUUUAUGUCACACGGGUCCCGUUGGCCGCCAAGGACUGUCACCGGUGUUUGUCAACUCGAACGUGGACGGUUUCCUUAAGUGCGACUUCCCUGCCUUGCAGACCAACUGCCCAAUCGGCUCGGUUCGCGUGUACCGCUACACGGACCUGUCGGAGGCGCCGCAGUGCGACUGCAAGGCCUCCGACCCCUGCGGGCCCAACAGCGGCUGCAUCAACCGCGCCCUCCUCUACGAGUGCGUGCCCAGCGUCUGCGUGCACCGCGACGCCUGUCGCAACCAGUGCUUCACGCGCCGCGAGUACCCGCCCCAACGACCCUUCUGGACCGGGGAGGCGCGGGGCUGGGGCCUCAAAACCCUCGUCCCCAUUCACAAGGGCGACUUUGUGAAUGAGUACAUUGGUGACUUGAUUGACGAGGAAGAGGCCAAUCGACGCCUGCGGUUCGCCCACGAGAACAACAUCACCAACUACUACAUGAUGCAGAUGGACUCGCAGCGCAUCAUCGACGCCGGGCCCAAGGGUAACCUCAGUCGCUUCAUGAACCACUCCUGCUGUCCAAACCUCAACACCCAGAAGUGGACUGUCAACGGCGAUACGCGCGUUGGUCUCUUCGCUGUGCGUGACAUUGCUGCUGGUGAGGAGUUGACCUUUAACUACAACUUCUGUGCUCAUGGCCAAGAAAUGCUCAAUUGUUGCUGUGGCGCGGAGACGUGUGUGGGCUACCUGGGCGCGCGCCACGAGUCCGCGUCGACUGCCCCCGGCUCGUCCACAGACCUCGCCGCUGCCGGUCGCACUCCCGCAGGUGACGAGGACUCCACAAGGAAGACUUCGACUGCUCCACACAGGAACGGCGGUACCGUGGACUGCGGUCCCUCCGAAACCGAUCAUGGCGCGAUCGAUAAGUACGAGAAGGUCUGCUAUAGCUCCACGAGGUCGCUUGUCAGCUCGGUUCGCUCUGCCUCCUGCAGAUGUGGGCAAGAUGUGUGGAAUGGCCAGGCCCCACCAACCACCGGUGCAUCCCACGCCUCCAUGUCCACCAACUCGAGCUCCACCGUGAGCUGCCGAGGUCGUGGACGCAAACGAGCGACCACGAGGCGUGACGACGACGGUGGAGAGGAGACUGACAAGCAGUCGGUGUGUUCCACGCGCUCCUCUUCAACUACCGUCGGUGGAUACGUCGAACCUCUGGUCCUGUGCACCAAGGACGACUGCUCCAAGGCCUACCACCUCCAAUGCCUUGACUUGGACAAACGCCCCACCGGUCGCUGGUUCUGUCCGUGGCACCACUGCGAUGCGUGCGGUCGACCAGCCACGGUCUUCUGCAUGCAAUGCCCCACUUCGUUUUGUCCAGCCCACGUUGAAGGCAGCGUCGCAGUCCUGCCACCCCUUAAAGACGAGGCUCCUGCCCAGGUCGUGUGCCUGUCUCACACUGAUCUGAUCGCGGAAAGAAGCACACAAAGGGACUCCUCCUCCGACGGCGGUGAUGACGGUGAUGAUGACGAUGACGACAGCGAAGAAGACCGUUCGAACACCGGCGAGACGGAUUCUCAGAGGUCAGUGGGAGAGAGCGACACCGACGGCAGGUCCUCCUUCACGGCCACUCCCAGCCAGGGUCAACAUAGUCGACGAGGACGGCGUCGAAGUGGCAACACGCAUUCCCUGUUCCGCGCCCUCGCCGACUCCUGUAAGCGUCGCGACGCCGAGAUCAAUCGACUGCGCAGCAUUCUCUCACCCACCGAGACAACUCAAUAG